ACUGAGCCAGAGCUAUGUGAGUCACAUGACCCUCACAGCUGAUCACACACACAUGAUGCCGUUAUCCACAUGUUUAAUGUUCGUCUCACACACACACACACACACACACACACACGCAGAACCUCCCUAAUAUUCUCUCUCUCUCUCUAGGAUGACUGACCCCCGGAUGAGUUCUCCUUCCUCCCUUGUCUCCAAGGUAACAGGCCUGUCACCGGGAUGCGGUUCCCGUAGCAACGAGCCUCCGGCCUUCAUCCUCCCCCCCCGCAACAACCGGGUCCCCCUGGGGGGGUUCGCCUGUCUGGAGGGGAGGGUGCGAGGUCACCCGGAGCCACGGGUCACAUGGCUCAGAGAGGGCAGGGCUGUGAUUGGUGGAGAGCGCAGCGUGAUGGAGCAAAGGGGGCGGGGCUACUUCAGCCUGAAGGUGGGCAGAGUCAGAGAGGAGGACGCCGGACCUUACACCUGCCUGGCGACCAAUCAGGAGGGGAGCAGGCAGGUUACCGUGGAGAUCCUUCUGGAAGAUACAUCCAGGAAGGCGUUCCUGCUCUCGUCCUCGGGGUUCCGCUCUGCGGCCCCUAUGGAGCUGCCCAGUAUAUGGGGCAUAAGUCCACCGAAGUUCAUCACCAAACCGAACCGAGUGUUUGCUAAACUCGGAGAGAGAGGGAAGUUCAUCGCCAAGACAACGGGACGCCCCCCCCCCUUGGUCACAUGGUACAAGGGGGAGGCGGAGCUUCAUCCCUGUGGGCGGGUCAUGAUCUACGAGCGCUCGGGCCUCCACUUCCUGGAGAUAAAGGAGGUUUGCCUGGAGGACGCAGGAAGUUACUCGUGUUUGAUCGCCAACCACGCAGGACGCGCCACCGCCAUCACAGAGCUCAACAUUCAGGGUGUUCCAGAAGACUCGGCCAGCACCGGGGCAGCCUCUACUUGGAGGAUCAGACCUCCUGUACAGCUCCCUCUGGAGGCUGCCAGGAGAACUGCAACUCCUCAGGUGCAGUCGGUGUUGAGUCCGGAUCCAGAACUGACCCGUUCUGUCCAGGAACCAAGGAGCAGCAGGGCGGUGAGGAGGUCAAACCCGCGGUCCGAGGCCAUUCCUCUGGACCAGGAGGCCACGGAAGGAGGUCGGGGUUCACUGCAGGGUCGCAGCGGGUCAAAGGUCACAGAGGUCAGGGGAGCCAAUCAGGUGCCGCGAUUCCUCCGCCGCCUCACGGACAUGAAGGUGAUGGACGGCAGCGUGGUGACCAUGAUGGUGGAGCUGACCGGUUUCCCCCUUCCGGAGGUGGUGUGGCUCCACGAUGGGCAGGAGGUUUCGGAGACGGAGGACUUUCAGCUCCUGCGGGACGGGGCUCGCUGCUCGCUGCUGAUCCAGGAGGUUUUCCCAGAGGAUACCGGGCUGUACAGCUGCCGGGCCGUGAACCAGUUUGGGGAGGACCGGACCCAGUGCCAUCUCACUGUGGAGGAGCCCCAGGACGGGGUGCAGCCCUGGUUCAUCACAAGGCCCAAACCGGUCAGUGCCGUUGUGGGCCAACACGUCCUCCUGUCAUGCGCCGUCGCCGGAGACCCUUUCCCCGAGUUCACCUGGACCAGAGCCGGACGACCUCUGACCUCCGGAGGAGACUACGAACUGCUGCAGAAAGAGGACAUCAUCUCACUGCUGAUCAGGAGGGUUUCAGAUCUUCACGCCGGAGAGUACGUAAUCACCCUGAGGAACCAUGUUGGGCAGUCCAGCGAUAUGGCCUGUCUGUCUCUCACUGAUGGAGAGACAGACAGACAGACAGGACGACAGGACGACAGAGGACGAAGAGGAGGAGGAGCAGUGAGAGGAGGCGAGCAGCAGAGCAGCAGAGUCAGUAGGCAGGAGGCCAACGAGCAGCAGAAGAAGAACCUGCAGCAGGAGGAGCAGCAAAAGAAGAACCUGACGCUCCUGCAGCAGCAGAAGAAGAAGAAGGAGGACCAGGACUGUCCUCCUGCAGAGGAGGUGCAGCAGCUCGACUUUCGCUCGCUCCUGGGACUCCGAGCGUUCAAAAACAGCCGGGAAGAAGACGAGGAGGCGAGGGAAGAAGAGCGCCGCCGCCAAAGCAGCAUCAUCAUGGACUUCAAGGCUAACCUGAAAGGGGUAAAGAAGGCGGAGGAUCGGAAAGGAGGCGUGCCGCAGCAGGUCGACUUCCGCGCCGUGCUGGGGAAGAAGAGCGCCAAACCGACCGAGAAAAACGUGGAAGAAGGCAACAUGAAAACGAGCCCCGAGAAGAACGGCGAGAAGAUGGCAGUGAACAACUGCGUGGACGGGGGGGUUAACGAGAAGAAGGCGGCAAAAAUGGCGCCAGAGUUUGGUGAGAAGCUGAGCGACGUGACGGUGUUAGACGGGCAGCGCCUCCGUCUGCAGUGCCGUCUCAAUGCCGCCGAGCCCGCAACCAUCACCUGGACGCUGGAUGGGAAAACAAUUAAACCCUCCAAGUUCAUCGUCCUCGCCAACGAAGACGGUCUGUGCUCCCUGACUAUAGGGAAAGCUCUUCCUGAGGAUGAAGGAGAAUAUAAAUGCAGAGCUGAGAAUUCAGCAGGGAAAGCUGAGAGCUGCUGCAUGGUGCUGGUGGACGAUCCGGCAGAAAACUCCGUCUCUGAUAAAAAGAAGACGAAGGGUCCGACCUCCGAGAGUGAAGCCAGAAUAAAGAAACCGACCACCAAGACUCCUCCAAAACAAGCCUUACCUCCUCAGAUCCUGCAGUUCCCAGAGGAUAUGAAGAUCUUGGCGGGGGAGACUGUGGAGAUCCUCUGCAAAUUCUCCGGAGCUCCUCCCAUCACCUGCACCUGGCUGAAGUUUAGGAAACCAAUCCAAGAGGCAUCAGAUAUCUCCAUAGAGAGCACGGACAGCAGCAGUAAACUGACCAUCAGCAGCGGUCAGCAGGAACACUGUGGCUGCUACACCAUCGAGCUGAGGAACAUCUACAGCCUCCGCCAGGCGGCUCUCAACCUCACCAUCGUCGAUAAACCCGACCCCCCAGCAAGGGUUCCUGCAGCCUCAGAUGUCCGGAGGUCCAGCCUGACGCUGUCAUGGUAUGGUCCGACCUACGACGGAGGCAGCGCCGUUCAGUCCUACAACCUGGAGAUCUGGAACUCUGUGGACGGGCAGUGGAAACACCUGGCGUCCUGCAACAGCACCUCCUACAACGUGCAGGACCUUCUUCCCGAGCGUCAGUAUAAGUUCCGUGUCCGGGCGGAGAACAUGUACGGAGUCGGAGAGCCGAGUGUCGAGUCUGAACCCGUCACGGUGGGGCUGGUGGACAAUGAUGAUGAGGCUGAGGUGGAGGAGGAGGAUGAAGACUCGGAGAAAGAGCCCGACUACAGAGACGUUUCCAUCCGGACAGACGUGAAGGUGAAGGAGCUGUAUGACGUGGAGGAGAGGCUGGGAACGGGGAAGUUUGGUCAGGUCUUCAAACUGGUGGAGAAGGCGACGAAAAAGGUGUGGGCGGGGAAGUUCAUCAAGGCGUACUCGGCGAAGGAGAAGGACAACGUGCGGCACGAGAUCGGCAUCAUGAACAGCCUACAUCACCCCAAACUGGUGCAGUGCAUCGACGCCUUCGAGGGGAAGUCCGACAUCGUCAUGGUGCUUGAGAUGAUCUCGGGCGGAGAGCUGUUUGAGCGGAUCAUCGAUGAGGACUUUGAGCUGACGGAGAGGGAGGUGAUCAAGUACAUGCUGCAGAUCAUCGACGGGGUCAACUUCAUCCACAAACAGGGCAUCGUACACCUCGACCUCAAACCAGAAAACAUCAUGUGUGUCGGGAAAACCGGAAGCAAAAUCAAACUCAUUGACUUUGGCCUCGCCAGGCGACUAGAAAACGCUGGGACUCUGAAGGUCUUGUUCGGGACUCCGGAGUUUGUGGCCCCUGAAGUGAUCAACUAUGAAGCCAUCAGUUAUCCCACCGACAUGUGGAGUAUAGGAGUCAUCUGUUAUAUACUGCUGAGCGGUCUGUCUCCCUUUAUGGGCGACAACGACAACGAGACUCUGUCCAACGUGACCUCGGCCUCCUGGGACUUUGAGGACGAGGCCUUCGACGAAAUCUCUGAAAACGCUAAAGACUUUAUCACCAACCUGCUGAAGAAAGACAUGAAGGCACGCCUCACCUGUGCUCUGUGCUAUGAACACAAAUGGCUGAAACAGGACACCAACACCAUGACGGCCAAGAAGCUCUCCAAAGAAAGGAUGAAGAAGUACAUCCUGAGGAGGAAAUGGCAGAAAACGGGUCACGCUGUCCGAGCCAUUGGCCGGCUGUCGUCCAUGGCCAUGAUGGCCGGAGUCAGCGCCAAGAAGGGAUCGCCCACUGAAGAGGAUAACCAGUUCCUGGAGUGUUUGGAGUACGAGCAGAAGACGGAGUGUAAGCCGACCUUCAGCUCGGUCAUUAAAGACGUGGAGGUGGUGGAGGGCAGCGCCGCUCGCUUCGACUGCAAGAUAGAAGGUUACCCCGACCCAGAGGUGGUGUGGUACAAAGACGAAAAGCCGAUCAAAGAGACCCGGCACUUCCAGAUCGACUAUGACGAAGAAGGAAACUGUAGUCUGGUCAUUUCAGAGGUGUCGGGAGACGACGACGCCAAAUACACGGUGAAGGCGGUGAACAGUCUGGGGGAGGCAACCUGCACCGCCGAGCUGCUGGUGGAGGUGAUGGCUGGAGAGGAGGAGGAAGAGGAGGAGGAGGAAGAAGAGGAAUAAACUCCCCCAGAAAGUGGAAGAGGUGCUGGUCGUCUUCAGCCUGAGCAGGAGAAGCAAACCCACAAAUAAAAGAUCGCUAUUGGAGGAGCAGGAAGCCACGGUUUGUCCUGAGUAUCAACACCAGAAAAAUGUAACCUCACCCCCUGCCAACAAAACAGACUUUAUUCAAAACAGACAUUUUACGUUAUUUCAUCUUAUAAGCCCCACCCCUCGCAGGUUAGCCUCUGCUCAUUGGUGGGUUUCCCCUCAUAGAUUAUUUCAUUACUCCUUCUUAAAUACUGUAUGUAUAAUUGAAACAGGGUACUUGAGUUUUCUUACCAUUUUUAGAUCCUUUUUAUCUAGAAAGUCUCACAAUCUCAAUUGAAAGUAAAGGAUGUUUCGGUGAUUCAGAUGGUUUCUUCUCCGCCCGAUGCUUCCCCUAGCAGGGGCCGGUAGUCUGUCUGUAAUCCUGCUGACAAACUGAGUCAAAUAUCUCCUCAUUUUAAAUAAGCACUUAUAUCAGUAAAAAGCAGUCAAUAUGAAUGAAGGUUAGACACUGAGCAACAGCUGGUGAUGAACUGAGCAAGAAGAAGACAGAUCCAAAUAUUGCAUCAUUUUCUACAGAGAUGUUUGUUAAGAAGCGUACACAUAUUUAAGGCCUGGUUUUUAUCUGUGCUUUGUGGGGUACAAACAUGCGGAAGAGGAUUAAGGCCACGUGUGAUUUUUAAGAUGUUACAUCUGACCAUAAGAGUAGGGUAGGGUUAGACAGAAUUGACCUGAUUUUUCUUUUCUACGUGAUUUGGACUGUGUUCUGCACAUAUAAACACAUCAUUGACUUGUGUUAAGAUCCUAAAACAAUCCCCAUUGGCCCUGAUCCUCUUCCGUACAAGCAAGAAAUUCAGUUUAUGGGGAAUAGGGCAUGGACGAAGUAACCGUAUUUCUACUUUCAGAGUAAGUAAUGAGGUAGUACAACUGAGAUACAGAAAGCCCAGUAUCGUGUUUCAGCUCUAUACCGGAAACAGUCUGAAGAGUUGUCAGUCCUGAAGUAAAGCUAAAGAAAUGUGAAAAUACAUUUAAUAAAUACUCAGUUACUCCUCCCAGCGUUCCCUCCUCAGAGACUCAGGAGCUGUAGUUGCGUUGACAGGCUUUAGCUCUUUUAUAACCGAACCAUGAAGAAUAAUGUACUGUAUGAGAAGCAGACUUUACUCCAGUCCAGGUGAGGAACAAGCUGGUACUGUGCGAUGGAAACCCGAUGAAGGCCGAUUUCUAUUCACAGAGUUCGAUCACUAAACCAAAACGAGGCUCGCUGUGAACCUCCAAUGACUCGAACAACACGGCAGGAGACGCUGAACAGCAGGUUAGCACGUUAGCACUGAAGCUAACGGUGUGGUGAAGAGAAAACGUUCAAUAUUUAGUUUUAUUACCUAAAGAUAAUCAGAUUUAAGAGAUCAAGUGAGCAGGGUGAGCUGUGAGGAGGACAUCACAACUGUUUAAGCCUUCAGAAUGUUUCACAAAUCAGUGGAGAAAUUACAAAAACAUGAAUCAGUCGAAAUAAUCAUUAAUCAAUUCUCACGUGUCAGUUAACUUCUGCUUGUUAGUAACUAGCUCAUUGUUUUUUGAAGCGAGUGAAAUAAUACAAGCGAAUGGACCAGAACUAACAAACACAUUGAUAUGAAUCUUAAUGAAAAUAAGAAGUAGCCUUGAAGCUAACUUUGGAUGGCGUGCUAACUAACAUUUGAUGGCUAAUUUCAGCUGGACUCCUGUUAGCUCUCUGGCUAAUAGAAAUGCGCUUACUUUAGUGGAUACGGUUUCUGGGGGGAAAACCACGAAUAUGUGGAUUAAUAAGAACUUAGAGUGUUUGACUGGAUGCAGCCGUAAAGCCAACAGUAAAAUAACGACCUUUAUGAUGAGAAACAAAUAUUUUUAGCUUACAUCGUUACUGAUGUUAGCCUACAAGCUAAUACACCUUUGUUGUCAAUAGCUCACAAGUCAGAUCCUGUUCCUGAACAAACAUCAGCUAAUGUGAAGAGUGGAUUCAUACAGUAGUUAGCUUAGUAGCUAAUGUUAGCCCGCUGUGAUGGUAGCAGUUCAUUCAUUGUUAGCAUUCUUGAUGUUAGCCUCUGAUGAAACAUGCAUUAUUUUUCUACCUUGAAGCAGUUUAAGUAAUAGUUUGGUAACAGGUAGAGGUUAAGCUAACUUCGCAGCAUAGGGUUUCUGGCUGAUGAAGUCCUCCAGAUUAAAACAGUGUUGUGUCACAACGACUUUAAGUGCCUUAAAUAUAAAGUGGGCGAACUCUGUGAAUAAGUGGCGGAGGAUGAGGACCAGCAUGUGAUGAAACAGUUAUCCCCUUUGCAUCUGCCGUGUGUGAGAAGAGUCGUCGGUGUGUUUCUUCUCUUCUGUGUGAGCACUUUUCUUAUCCUGUUUGUAUUUUUGACUUCGACAGCAGCUAACGUCACCUCUGCCUUAAACCCAGUUCGCCUUAAUGCAACUCCGGGACACUUCCAAUUCCCGUCCAGCCGGGUUUACAUUUUCUACCACACAUUUGUGACAUUGUUCUUUCGGCUGCCAGAAAAACACGUUGGUUGAAGAUGAUUCCCUUAACCCUGAACAUGUUCUUCUAGAUCACAGAGUUUCUGAACUUAACAGUCCACAAUGAAGUUGAGAAGCAGCAGUAAAACCGGCUGGAGGAACAUUUUGAGAAGGGACCAAAAUGCAGAGCAGAGCAAAAACACUAGUACGGAGCUCUGUUAGCAAAGACAAACCAUCUUCUUAAAUGUGCUUAUAGUAUCUUGCUAUCCCUUUUUCUCAUGUAGUAGUAAGGAGACAAUAUCCCAAUUAAAUCUGUUUUUAUUUUAAAAGAUUGGAAGAUACAGAUCUCAUCAUUUCAUUGAAAUCCCAAAAGGAAUAUUCUCGUUAUUACACUUUAAUGGAUCUCUUGAUUGACUUUCUCCCCAGUUUUAGAAAAACCUCAUAUUUAUGAUAAGUGUUAAAGGUGCCACAGAAUGGAAAACGGUAUUCACCUUGGCAGAGUGGAAUAAGGAGAGCUCGGUACACUGAGCUGACAUACCGUGAACCUCAAACACCGUGUUUCCUCCUUCACGUGCAAAUCUUGAAUAUGCGUAUCACAGCGGCACAACGGGGAGUUACAACACUCCCUGUGGGUGACACACGGUAGUCCAGCCCCACAUCUGCACACAGCAGCUGCUGGAAACACAAACGCUAACACUCACCACUCCGUAACCCUAUUCUCCAAUCUCCGACCGACUGGCUGUUCUUCAGAUCAUCGGUUUCCUCCUCCGAUAAAGACUCAGACAUGUGAGGUUGAUGCCAACAGCCUCCAUGGUUCAUCUCUCACAGUUUCACGUACUUCACUUACUUCUGUGGGCUCUGAGGCAGCCAUGGAAUGCUCAUGUAAACCAGCCAAUCAGAGCAGAGCUAGUCAUCAUUAUUUAAAUGAGCCCCAAAUAAUUCAGCUCGUUUCAUUCUGGGACCCAAUCAUAGGGUAGUAAACGGGCCUGUGAAACAUCUGGACAUGUUUUGGAUCAACCAAAGUUAAAUACCUUCUUUGUAGAGAACACUUUGAAUACCAGAUGGAUCCGUUCUGUGGCCCCUUUAAAACAUCUACCCUCAUUUUGUAUGGAUAUUGUCAUUUUGCAAAUGACUCAGAGUUCUUCUGUUUACGUUGCAUCUCAAAAUGAUAGGACCCAAACUCGAAGCUUAAAGAAACAAACAGUAUUUUGUAUUAAAUAUUACGAAGCUGUGAGAUCCCGUUAUGUUAAGGCCUUCUUAAGGAUUUUAUAAUAUGACAAACACAAGAUCUCCUAAUUCUGAGUUUGAUAAAUCAACUUGGACAAUUCAGUGCAAAUCCCCGAAAAUCUGCAAACAUUACCUUUAAUUUAAAGUCUCACUGUCAUGAGGAGUCACAAGGAUCUUGGUAUCGAUACAAAAAAACAAUUUGAUGAUAGAAAAAGUUUCUGAUUCAUCUCAAAGUGAAAAGUUCUCAACAGGUAAUAAAUAGAAGUGAAGAGUGGUAGACACCGGACGGGAUUGGAGUGUCUCCGGAGUUAACACACAGUUUGGUUGCCGCUAAUGUCGAAGUCGUUCCUUUUGAAUAUUCUUUGUUUGCCACAUUCCAGCCGUUUGUUUGUGCUUUAAAACAUUAUUUAAAGGCUUCAGGGCUGAUCCACCAAAGAGAAUUCACAGGUGUGUGUGUGUGUGUGUGUGAUCCAUCUAAUGUUUCAAACGUACCUGGGCCUGUUUGUGUGUUUGCUAGUACUUUGUUUCUACGAAUGUUUUAUUUUAGACCUAUUUAAAGCACAGAUUCAUAAUUCUAAUAUGAUCAUUGAGCAUCCGUCUUCUUGGAGGUCUUCUCGACAGCACUUAAUUUGUCACCAUUUGUACAACUAAACCAAGCAGUGGACUCACUCCUAGACUGGUUUGUUUUUGUAUUAGAUGUAUGUAGAUUAUACUUCUCUCAUUUUUAUAAAUAUAUAUCAGUUUGAUGAACUGUAGAUGACAUGUAUGAGAACACUACGACUGUAGUAACUCACAGAACUCUAAUAAAUCUAUCACCAAACCAAA